UUAAGAACGUCGGUGAACACGUGUGCAGCGCUCUUCACUUGGAGAAGAAAAAAAAGUUUGACAUACAUUUCUGAAAUUACCAAGCAAGUCAUCCAAUUUCUCCCCCCUUACCAACAAUCGUCUAAAGAGAAAGAACUGCAUACUGUCCAAGAAAAUUGACUUGCGACAAUGGACGGGAUAUCCCAGAACAUUCAGACUUCAGGAUUUACCCUGGACUUGGGACCCCUGAAAGAGCCCUUGGCAUUUAUUAGAGUGCUCGAAUGGAUCUUCUCCAUAUUUGCCUUCGCUACGGCGUCAGGUUUUGCCGGCGCUACGAGCAUCAAUGUGCAGUGCCAGGGUAGCAGCACCAGCCAAGAAAUCACUGCUGUCUUUAACUACCCGUUCAGGCUGAUGGCCCAUCCAUACAUCGUCCCCUCCUGUAACAACGACUCUAGUACUAUCCAGCUCUAUCUGACCGGCGACCACUCCUCCUCAGCCCAGUUCUACGUCUGUAUCGGGGUGUUUGCCUUCCUCUACAGCGCCGCCAGUCUGGUGAUCUACCUGGGCUACCAGCACGUCUACAGGCAGACCAGCCGCGGCCCCAUUGUGGACCUGCUGUUGACAGCAGCCUUCACCUUCCUGUGGCUGGUGUCCUCCUCUGCCUGGGGUAAAGGCCUGACUGACGUGAAGUGGGCUACCAGCCCCUCUAACCUGCUAGGCUUAAUCUCCACCUGCAAGGACGUCGGUAACAAGUGUACACCAGGAUCAGUACCUCACAUGGGGCGACUCAACUCCUCUGUGGUCUUUGGAUUCCUCAACCUGAUAUUGUGGGGUGGUAACUGCUGGUUCAUCUUUAAGGAGACGCCCUUCCACAAGUCAGUCAACCCCCUUGGUGACGCCGAGGAGGGUUUAGGGGUCAGGCCCAUGACUUCCUAACUGGGCAGCAGUUCCCUGCUGUCAACGGCUACGUUCCAGACUGCAUGCAAAGCAGUUUCACUGCACAAAUUAACCAAUCUUGGGGUCGAAUCUAAACUUUGACACAUAUUUGCACUUUAGUCAUAUGCAUCGAUGCCAAUGGUAGACGAUGUGCCUUUGUGGAAGUGAAGAUUUGCCCCUAAUGUGAUUUCUGACUUGUUAAACACUUGUGUGUUUUGAGAUUUCGUGUGUGUGCUUUUUGCAGCCGAUCUGUACCCGGGCCUGAAAUUCUCUCCAACCAAGUAGUUCCUACAUUGUACCAUUUUCAAAUGCCUUGUAAAGUCGCAUGUCUCAUUCUGUGUAAAACGCUGCUUAGAAAUGUCUUCUAGUAGGUUAUUAAGUUGGAAACAGUUUCUUUUCAUGCAUUGACUGCGCCACGUUUAUUAUUACAAAGUGUUGAAUGUGGUCCAUUUUUAAGUUAUCUAAAUAGGUACAAAUACGGAAUGGGGAACGCCAUACAUUUAGGUCAGAACUAGUUUUGUUUCAUGCAGGUAAUUGUUUAGUUUAACAGUAUAUCGAACGAUCAAAUGCAUCCCUCCGUUUAUUCAAAGAGUCAAGACGUGUGAAUUUCUUUUGUUGAUCAGAAACUUUUUUUUUUUUUUCAUUUUAUGCUUUUUUUAUAAAAAAGUGGUGCUUAUAUCAAUGUUACAACAAGAAUAACAAGCUGUUAUUCUCGCACGGCUUGUUAUUUGGCAAAUUAAAAUAAAUAUUCACUCCGUUUUUGAAAUGGUUUGACAUUUCAAGUGAUGCCAAAAGCCAGGGAUCAUCAACUAAUGUAGAUUCAGCUGCAGGCUGAUUUAUUUGUAUGUAAAAACAUUUCUUGUGGAAGAGAAGGAGGGGGGGGGCAGGAGAAAAUUAAUUACAAAUCAUUUAUAGACUGCAAGAAAUCCAAACAGAUGUAUUUGACUGAAACAUUACAAACCUUGCUUACAUUUGAAUUUCGAUCACAUAUCUCUCUGAUACGUGGGACUACUUUGAAAAGAUGUUCAAAAUUAAAAGCACUUGGUGCUGAUUUGCUCUUUUUUUUCUUAUGUCCAACAAUUUAGAACAAUUGCUCCGUAAGCUUUGCAGGCCAAAUAACAUCAAUCUGGCCCGCAGGUCACCAGUUGGGGAACCCUGCCAUAAGCAAUCCUACAGUACUUCCUGCCAUAAGCAAUCCUACAGUACUUCCUGCCAUAAGCAAUCCUACAGUACUUCCUGCCAUAAGCAAUCCUACAGUACUUCCUGCCAUCAGCAAUCCUACAGUACUUCCUGCCAUAAGCAAUCCUCCAGUACUUCCUGCCAUCAGCAAUCCUACAGUACUUCCUGCCAUCAGCAAUCCUACAGUACUUCCUGCCAUCAGCAAUCCUACAGUACUUCCUGCCAUCAGCAAUCCUACAGUACUUCCUGCCAUCAGCAAUCCUACAGUACUUCCUGCCAUCAGCAAUCCUACAGUACUUCCUGCCAUCAGCAAUCCUACAGUACUUCCUGCCAUCAGCAAUCCUACAGUACUUCCUGCCAUGUCUUUGAAAUGUGCCUUUUUUUCCCUCUGUUGUGCAGCAUGGUUUGCCAUAUUGUUUUAACAAUGUUGUAUGAAAAUAAAGCCACCAAAACUCCUGUUUUUCA